AUGGAUACUUCACUACCCAAAGAAUCGAUUCCAGAGGUGAUUGCAAAGCAAUUGGUAUUAGCUAUUAAUAUAUCCAUUAUGGAUCAAUAUAAUCAGAUGUCCUUAGAAGAUAAGGAAACAGAUGCUUUCUUGGAUGAAGUGCAUAAGAAAAAGAUUAGAUUCAAAGUGCAAGAAUGGAAGGGUGUGAAUAAGCUUAAGCAAGAAUUAUUUGCUCCGAAGUUGUCUAUACAAGAUCCAUCAAUAGAACAAAAUCAGCCGAAAGGUGUGGAGGAUGUGACCGAAAUUUCUGAGACAUUAUGUCCCAGAAAACUUGCCUCUGAUAACAAAUCUAGCAUUGAUGAGGCCUCACAUCAUCUAGCUCA